AUGGAGGCCAGGACCGAAGACCCGGGACUGACUCGCCGCCCAACUUUGGCUUCUUCCUGGGAUGCGCCGUGCGGGGCCCUGAGCCAGAACCUCUUUCUCAGCCGGGGUGGUCUCGGCGCCGGGGAAUUCGACUGGGAGGAGCUGCUGGCGCCGCCUGCCCCGGGCCAGGAUCUGAUGAUAUUGAAGAGGAACCUGAGCAGCCAAGAAGAAAGUCCCUGCUUCCUUUACCUGACCUGUGACCCUAAUGGAGGUGAAGAAAUCGUGUCUUUGGGCAUUUUAAGUUCAGCAAGAAAUAUGGAAGUGUACUUAGGAGAGGAGUACCUUGGAACCAGUAGGGGCAGGAAUGUUUGUACUGUCCUGGAUAACAGCGAACCUGAGAAGAUUAUUUUGUACAAAAAAUAUUUAAAAUUGGAAUCCUCCACACAUGCUUGUAAAGUAAAGUUGCUCUCCUUUGGUGAAAAGCACUAUGUGUUCGUUAGUAAAAUUGUGGUACACAUGAGACCGGCUUCAGCAAGUUCUGCAGCAAGCUGUCCUGCUCUAGGAUCGAGGAUAGAUCUCGGCAGGGUGCAAACCAUCGUGGAAUCCAUUGGCUCCAAGUUAUCGCCAGGAGCCCAACAGCUGAUGAAUAUGGUUAGGGUUCAACAGCAGAAUUACAUGCCCUUAGGAGAGCAGCUUCAGUCUGUUCUGGGAAAUACUGGAGACAAGCUUAUGAUUGGACAACAGUCAGUACCUACUCUAGCAGCCUUAAACAAGUCACCCUUCACACCUUUUCCGUUUCGAACUGGAUUGACACCUGGAAAAGUGCCUGACGACGUCAGAGCUGACCCUGAUAAAAAUGUAUGGCCUCCAGGUGGAGGGGACCCUUCAGACCCCCAUGAGUGUGGCAGUGUGCUGCAAAGCCAGGCUCUGCUUGACAGUCGUCUUCAAGAUGCAAUUUCCUCCUUCUUACCAAAGAAAGCAAGUGGCAACUCAGAUAUCCCCAGCUCUGACUUGCUUCCUUUUCUUCAGAAUUUAUGUAGUCAAGUUAACCAUCUCCGGGUGGGCAAUAAGACUGAGUGGCAGGAGAAGAUUACCAAGCCCCGUGAAGGCGUCGUCGGUGUUGGAGUGGAAGAACAACCUGUUUGCUCUUACUUGGAAAAGAUUCUUUCUAAAAAUAUGGAACUGAUGGAAAAGAACCUCACAGACUACAUCGAUCAGCGAAUAUGUAAACUCCAGGAACACUUAGAUAAUAAGAUUGCAUUAUUAAUGAACUUGCUGCAAAGUUCUAACUCCGUGACCCCUGGGAUGCCUCUAAGACAAUAUGAUUCUGGAGAAAGACUUUCAAAUGGAGAAAGAUAA